AUGGAAAAAGUUUAAAGCCAAACUUAAUUAACAUCGCAUACAACCUUAAGUCCAAAAAUUAAAAAACUUAAAUUCAGAACUGACAAAAGAGGGUUUCCGAUUUUGAAAGGAUCUAAGUGUCACGGGAUAUGUUUUAAGGAUUAGAUAACAUAGGGGGAACUAUAGACCGUAAUACUAGUAGAGAGUUGGAAACAUCUAAAUUAUGAUAACAAAUAAAAGAUGAAAGCAACAGAAUGUUGUGUGAUUUAUUGA